UACUUGAGAUGACAUCAUGCUCACCCAUUUAAACAUAAUCUAACUAGUGCUUAAAAUUAAAAGGCACUUGGCUGMUUCAGUGCAGUUUCGACGUUGUUUCGAGAUGUAUSUGGCAUAUUUAUGUUKGAUUCUCCUCGAAGGCGCUUUACUUACAAAUGGUAACAAUAAAGAUAGUUUAUAUGGAAAUUGGAUCAAUCCUACUGCCUCUUGCAAAUACGUCAUCAAGACGCCAUGUCGCUACGUACAAAUGGUUGGCGGUAARGGCUCAUGGCCAAAGGCUGGCUUUUGYAGAACACUGAUCAAUAAAGCCGUUCCAGGCUCAGCAUACACCAUAUCUGUCAGUUUAUACAACGUUCAAGGAUGGACACGUGCUGGGGGCCAUCUUGGAAUCUUGUACAACGCCAAGGACAUCAACAACUUCGACUUUGUCUAUUUCAGCGGUCCAGAUAACCAGCCAUUACCCGGCAGCUGGAAAAGGAGGUGUUCUCCUUGCCAAUGGAUACAAGAACAUCAUUCGUUUCAAGAGAUAUCGAAUUCGCCGAUUAUAGUGUAAUGUGUACUAUUCAGAAACGCAACUUUCAAAGUUGAAAUUAAAACUGCUUUUUGUUUGUUGGUUGUUAAGUAACAAGCUGAAAGAAUGCUGGAGGAAAGUGAAUAAAGUUAAUAAUAGCAGAAAUUUUGUUUGUAGAACUAAUCGGCUAACUCGUUGCUAUUUACGUUACCACCCAAUUCAAAUCCUGUGUGAAAAAGAACUUUUCACGCAAAGAAUUCAACGGUGAAAUGAAAAUACAGCGAAAAAUAAAACCUUACUCCCGGGUGGUUUGAAUUGAGGGGAAACGUUUAUAGCAACGCGUUAGCAGUUUACGUCUAUUAAAGGUUAUUUAAGUAUAAUCUAUAGUUUUACGACAACGUUUUACGGCACUUAAAACCAUCCUUCAUAUCAAUAGUCUUCUUCACGGUUCCCUGCGCCAUCUUGAAAGGUAGUCGUGCCUUUGCAUCGAAGCGAGACGACCGUUUAGCGUGCAAUGAGAGAAACCUUCUUUCACAGCUACAGACAAUUAUUCACAGGUUUCUAUCAUUGCACGCUCAACGGUCGUCUCGCUUCGAUGCAAAGGCAGGGCUACCUUUCAACAUGGUACAGGUAACCGUGAAGGAGACUAUUGCCAUGCGAUUAAGCGUUCCAGUAAAUGAUGGAAAAUAGGCCGAAAAAAAUAUGUGUAUAGACCUUUCAACUGUCAUUCUGCUUAAUCAUAUCUUUUACUAUUUGGUAGCGUUUGGACUAGAUCUAAACAUGGAAUCUUAGCUUAAAGUAGAUUAAAGAUCAGUGCAGAAGAAGAAA